GCGCUUCCUCAAGUGGACAUACGCCUACGGCUUCUUCGCCACCUACGCCGCUGACCAGCGAAAGCUUUUCGAAUUCCAUCAGGCGCAACUGGAAGGCACACUGGAACGACUCAGCGACAUCCUGGAGAAUACACGCUGGGAGUCUUACUUGCUCACGGAG